GCCCCUCACCUGGUUCGACUGGGUGUUGGUCGCCGGCUUUGCCUACGCCGUGGCUGUCGAGAUCUUAGCCGACAUCCAGAAGGCUCAGUGGGUGCAGGCGGGCCGCCCUGGCGGCUUCUGCCAGGUCGGCGUGUGGGCCUUCUCAAGGCAUCCGAACUACUUCGGCGAGAUCUUCCAGUGGUGGUGCGCGUGGGCGCUUGCAUACAACAGCUCCCAGCACGCCUCUGGAUAUACCGAUCCCCUCUGGUGGGCUUGCAUUCUGUCUCCUGCUUUCACGAUGCAUAUUCUUCUGAACCUGGCGCCGACUGGUAUCUCCAAUGCGGAGGGGAAGAAUCUCAAGCGUUACUAUGAGAAGUACCCUGAGGAGUACACAGAGUACCGGCAGAACACCUCCAUUCUGAUUCCCAUGGUGGGCUACCGAUAUAUUCCGCUGAGCCUCAAGAGGACGAUCUUCUUCGACUUCGAACGCUACGAGUAUCGUCCUCGAGGAGGCUCGGCUCUGCAAACACAAAUUCUGACGAGCAGUGAUGGCGACUAG